UAAAACGGCUCCUUUAAGGUCUGUGACUUUAUUAGCGAGAACUACGUAUUCUCGUUUGUUUUGUCCCAAGUUUGCGAUAUCUUAUUUCUAAACUUACAUUUAAACAAGCUUAAAUGUGCUUCGACGAUUCUGAUUGGACCGCUGGUGUGUGGGGGCUGUGUGGCAGCGUUCACUGCGUCGUCUGUGGACUUGUUCCGACGGUGUGCAAACUGAAGAGGGACUGUAGUGUUUGGAAUGGUCUCCUGGAUGUGAGUCUUAGAAUAUAUCUAAAGCAAUACAUGAAAAUGGGCCAAAGAUGCAGUGCAUUUAAUGCAACGAACUAUUCUGCCAUGCUGAAAUACAGGACCAUGUGGACCAGUGCAGCUUAUCUGAAGAAUAUAGAAGCAGCAGACAGACAAACUAACCAGGAGCAACAGACGUUGGAAGUGAGACACAGAUUAGAUAGCCAAGGACUACCCUCAGAUGACCGAGGCAGGCACAGUCAUGUUUCGGCUUUGGACAUCAGUGGAAGACGAAGUCCAGGAAGACAUUGUGCAGCCCUGGAAGACGGUGGCAGCGACAAUUCAGAGCGCCGUGGAUCGGUCUUAGAGGCCAGAGGCAGGGGCAGUCUGGAUAGUCAUGAUUGGAAAUUUGAACCAGACUUGAAGGUGAUUUCACAAGAGAUCCGCAAGAGAGAGAGAGAGAGAAAUGCUGACGUUUUACAAAAGGCAUAUUUGCUGGGCUCGUCCAUUUUCAGUCAUCCUCAGGGGAACUGCUGACACACUCCAGCCACAUGAGGUCUAGCAUUGUCCUGCAUUAGGAGGAAUC